CCGGUUUCCCUAGGAUUUUAUAAAUAAAAUUAAUUCCACAUUGGUAGUAAACACACCAACAACAAAAAUAGAAGUAGUCAAUUUCGUGUAUUUGUUUCCUUGACUAGAUAAAACACAGUAUGUUAGUAAAAGCAUAAAACUUGCUCUACCUUAUAUUAUAAUAAUUGCAAGCUUCAUUUUAACACCAUGGCAUUAACAUUUACUAGAUCCUUUGUUGGAAAAGGUCUGAAGUACUUGUCCAAGUUACAGGAGACGUCUUCAAAGAAGAAAUUGACAUCAGUUUUAAUAUUUUCUGCUCAAAUGAGGUUUAUAUCAACGAUUGAAGUAACGAAAAAUAUCUCCCUCAUUAGCAAUGAAAAGAAAAAUUGUAAAGUGAUCAACCUUGAGCUGAGUGAACCUCAAGAUAAACCACUUAUGGUAAUGAUAUCUUGGUUACUGGCCAAGAAGAAGUAUUCAUAUAAAUAUGCAGAUAUAUACUUAAAACAAGGAUUUGAUGUGCUUAACAUCAACGUGAGUCCUUGGCAAUUCCUCUGGCCCACCAAAGGAACACAGAUGGUGGCCAAAGACAUUGUAAAAUUUCUAGACGUAAAUGCAAGUUAUAGCCCCUUGUUACUACAUGGCUUUUCAGUUGGAGCAUACCUCUGGGGUGAAGCUUUGGUACUUAUGUCUGCAGAAAGGCAAAAAUAUGACCACAUCAUAAAUAGAAUUGUAGGGCAGGUCUGGGAUAGUGCAGCCGAUGUCACGGAAAUACCAGUGGGAUUUCCCAAAGCAGUGUUUCCUAAUAAUUCCGUGUUACAAAAUACACUCAAGCAGUACAUACUGUAUCAUCUAAAAACGUUUGAUAAAACUGUAACUGUCCAUUAUGUAAGGUCAAGCCAGAUGUUCCACACUAACAUAGUGAGAGCUCCCGCUCUGAUGUUUGUCAGUAAAUCAGAUCCCAUUGGGAGUGAAACCUCGAAUAGAAGAGUUACAGAUAACUGGGAAAAUAUGGGGAUGCAGGUUACUUUUAAAACUUGGGAGAAUACACCACACGUUGGACAUUAUCGGGCACACCCUAAAGAAUAUUUAACAGAAUUGAAUUCUUUCUUAGGAUCCCUGAAUAUUCCACUGUCGAAAGUUGAAGAAAAGGUAAAAGCUUCAGCGAAGCUUUGAUGUGAUUUAUAUGUAUACUACAUUUACAUAAAUUUGUGCUGUUUAAUAGUUUAGGUAAUUUUUUAUUUCUAAGAUUAUAUUAUAAUAAAUAUAAUAUAUGCAUUUUUACCCUCCCUA